CUGUCACAACACACAAUGACAGACUCGGGGCCAAAGUUUAACAUAUUCAAGUUUUUAAAGAUUAUUAUAAGUAGUUUAUUUAUUGCAGUGUUGCUGUUACUCACCAUAGCGUCUAUCAGGACGCUUUCGCUGGACGUAAAUGUCGGACUUCAACUCGCACAUUGGGAAAAGACGAAUAACAUCUCGCUCGUCAUAGGCCACCGACAGCGAGAGGAGCUGCUCGCAAAUUUUAAAGAGGCAAUCCGGAUCCCCACCGUGUCAUUUUCAGAGAAGGAGAGCAACACCACCGCGCUGCUUGAAUUUGACAGAUUCCUCCGCAAAGCCUUCCCGACAGUUUUCUCUUCAAGCUUGGUUCGUCAUGAAUUGGUGGCCAACUACAGCCACCUGUUUUGGGUGCAAGGAUCACGGUCUGACCUGGUGCCAUACCUGCUGCUGGCCCACAUAGAUGUAGUACCUGCCUCCGAAUCGGAUGGCUGGGAGGCCCCACCAUUCUCUGCCAAGGAGAUGGAUGGCUUCAUCUAUGGUAGAGGGACCAUGGAUGACAAGGGCUCUUUAAUGGGAAUUCUUCAGGCACUGGAGUACUUACUGAUGAAAGGCUAUGCUCCAUGCAGAGGAUUUUACAUCGGUCUAGGUCAUGAUGAAGAAGUCGGUGGUUACAAGGGGGCAAUGAACAUAGUGCGUGAGCUGAAGCUGCGUGGUGUGCAGCUGUCGUUUGUCCUGGACGAGGGCCUGGCUGUACUUGAUGGAGUCAUCGGUGGUCUUGAAGGACCUGCUGCACUAAUUGGGAUAAGUGAAAAGGGUUCGGCGACUGUAAAGCUUAGUGUAUUUAUGGUCCCUGGUCACUCCUCAAUGCCUCUCAGGGAGACCAGCAUUGGGAUCUUGGCUGCAGCAGUCAAAAGACUAGAGGAGAACCCGAUGCCAAGAUUAUUUGGUCAUGGGCCUGAACAUGGAACAUUUGAGCAUCUGGCGCACAAGUUCGGACUCCCAAUGAAGUUCAUAAUGACAAAUCUGUGGCUGUUUGCCCCACUCCUAGGCAGGGUACUUGAAAGAAAACCAGAAACUAAUGCUUUUGUAAGGACAACUACAGCAGUCACCAUGUUUAAUGCAGGAGUUAAGGUGAAUAUCAUCCCGUCCCUCGCUGAAGCUUAUGUAAAUCUACGAAUCCACUCAGCACAGUCCCUACAAGAGGUCCUGGACCUAAUCCAGUCCACAGUGGGGGACCAACGAGUGAAGAUAGAGCUUGUUGAAGGAUUUGACCCCUUGCCUGUGAGCUCUAUGGAUGAGAAGUCCUUUGGAUACCAGAUCAUUAAGAAAACCGUGUUGGACAUGUUUCCAACAGUUACAGUUGCUCCAGGUAUCUGUAUUGGAAACACAGACAGUCGACACUUUAAAGACCUGACGAAUGAUAUCUAUCGCUUCACCCCUGUCUGGUUUAAACCAGGUGAUGCUCAAAGAUUCCAUGGCAUCAAUGAACGGAUUUCCAAAAAGAACUACGAGGAGCUUGUAGUAUUUUACUUCAGUCUGAUUCAAAACGGUGACAUUCAGAAGCUUCCUGAGCCGCACAGCUCUAUCCAUGAACUCUAAGGAAUAGACAGUUUGGGUAAAAGUGUAAUCCAAAAGUCUUUGUUAGUAAUCUGAUUAAUUUCAACAGCACCCAACGGGACCUUGACUUAAUGUAUUGGUCACUACAUUUAAAAUAAAAUGUCAUUCUGCAUUUUACAGCGAGACAGUACACUUUUCCAUAGCUUUACCUUUUAAAAACUCUUUUUAAAGUUGUUUGAUGACAUACAGUAUUGACCUUGUUCUGAUAAAAAUGAUCAUGAAAUCACUAUGUAGAGCUCUUCUGCAUUUGCGAUAACGGUUUUGCGAUAGUGUUGUAAUGAUUUUUACAAUUUUAAAUCAUGAUGGUCUAAUUUUAUGAAAAUAACUGAUACAUUUUUUUGAUGGUCUGCUAAUAAUAUUGAUAUACUUGAAGUUAUGAUGCUACAUAUAACAUGAAUGAAAUGACUGCAUAAAUACAUUUUGGCUGCUAAUAACAGAAAAUAUAAAAAGAUGUUUCUUUCUGUAGAAAUUCUAAAUGCUAAUGUUUAUUUCCUCCUGGUGAUCAAGUACAGAGGUUUUUAAAGAAUUCUGUACUCUCACUGACUGAAUCUUUAAAAUUAAUUGGGAUUUGUAAAGGCAAGUUGUAUUUGCACACAAUUUUGAGACAGGCAUUGUUUAAAAUUACAACAAAUAACAUUUGAUUAUAUGCUCGUUGUCAUGUGAUAUUUUAUUAAAUUCUUGACAUAUUACACAAUACACUUACAAAAGCACAAUUUCCCCAAAAUGUAUGAAAAAAGAAAAAAAAGCUAGUUUACGAUCCAGACUUGUGGGGGGGCGACGGGGCGAGUGAGCCAAUAGUCAAAGAUGUACGUGAGUCAGAGAAGUUAUUUCACAUGGCGUUCUCCAAAAACAGAAAUGUGGACAGCGAGACCAGAGCCUUGAACCAAGAAUGCACAGACUCCUAUAUGUUGGCACGGGCAGUUCAGAACCAGUCUCAUAAGUUCAGAGACUGUGGCAAUUAUUAUAUGCGCCAAUGUGAAGCGCCACUACGAGACAAAGCACAACUCCUUUAAGUAAACGUACCCAUUCAGACCCCAAAUGAAGGCACAGAAAAAUAAACCCGAGAGCCCAAUAUGAUCAGAAUCCUAACAUAACAUUUUUAACUGUCCAACAAUGCUGUAAACAGAGGGGAAUAUAGCUGAAACAAGUGGUUUCCAAAACCAAAGGUGUAGUCCCUGCACAAAAUGUUCUCUUUUUAGAAGAUAAUAUGGAUAUCUUGGCUUUUUUGUUUGACAUCACACCUGAAUCAAAUGAAUAUAAAGCUGCAGGGCAU